CUCUAUUUAUAUAGUCUUCAACUUUCCCUCCUCUCCCAAACAAAUUGAAUCCAAAAAAGAAAAAAAAAGUUUUCUCGAGAAAAAUUUUGACAAAAAUGUCGAGAGCUACCGUCGAGCUUGAUUUCUUCGGAAUGGAGAAGGCUGACUCCUGCAAAUCUCAGUUCCAGAAAUUCCUCGAUCGCCGUCGGAGCUUCCGAAGCAUUCAAGGAACAAUUUCGAAGAUGAAUCCGGAGUUGAUUAAGUCCAUGAUUUCGUCCGGAUCGACGAACCGGAAUCCGGUUGACUGGAGAAAGUCCUUUUCGGUGCCUUCGAGUCCUAAAGAAAAUCGGAGUAGUCCGAUUCCUUCUUUACCUAUUCUGAAUCCCGCCUUAAGUUCUUCUGAGGGCGGUCCUGAAACAGCUCCGUUGACGAUUUUCUACAACGGAACUGUCUCCGUGUUCAACGUACCUCGAGACAAGGUUCGGUUGAAUCAUUUAUCUAAAUAUAAUAUCCAUACAUUUGUUUUGGAAAAUCAAUGCAUUGAAAGUUGUGAUUUAUUAAAUUUUGAUCAGGUAAAGAGUAUUUUCAAACUCGCGGUUGAACUUGAAGGAAGCUCAAAAAACGUUGAAUCGACAGAUUCAUCAAAAGUUGCAAAUCCUUCUAACGAUCGACAAAACCUUCUCGAAACUCGUAAUGGAGAUUUGCCAAUUGCUAGAAGAAAGUCGCUGCAGAGAUUUCUGGAAAAGCGCAAAGAGAGGUUGACUUGUGCAUCACCUUAUGCUUGGUAGUCGUUUUACCUAAAACUAAACGCGUUUUUAGAGAAAAUGACUUGGGCCUACAUUUUUUCAAACUUAUACAUUUGAAGAUGCUAGAAAAAAAAAAAGGAGCCGACAAGAAGAUAGGGGAUUCUUUACAUAUUGGGUAGCAAAUGCUUAUGCCUUGUGUCUAUUAAAAAUUUGAAGACAUUGCUUAUUUUAGUUUAUACAUAUUGUGGGCUUGGACUUUCAUUUUAUAUUUAUAUUAUAUGGUGACCUUUGUAUGGAAGCAAGAUACCUUCUUUAUUGGUUAAUUAGUUAACGAUUUUUUGUGUUUGUUA